CUCCACACCUCCCCCCCCCUUCAAUCCGACGAGAACUCGACCACCACCUCCUCCACCCCUUACGGCUCAGAAUAGUGCACACGACAGUUGUUGUUUUUCUCUUCUUUCCUUUCCUCUUUCCCUACUGCUCCUUUUCUCUUCUAGUGUGCGCGCAGGCGACCUUUUCCCCCCCAUCUCUCCCUCCUUCCUCCUCCCCCUCCCCUCCUCUCUGACCUGGACCUUGGCCUUGACACGGUUCCUCGUCACCUCCGCACACUCCGCCCGCCCGUCCUAUCCGAAUCACCACCCUUCCACCCCCUCCUUGGCCUCCUCCUGCUUAACCCUUCCCCUUGGUUGAAUAACCUCUCUCUCUCUCUCUCUCUCUCUCGACCAGGCUACUCUAUCGUGGCCUCAUCGUCGGUGUCCAUGAGGAGCACAUCAUGCACGCCAUGAAUAAGAUAGCAAACAUGAGAAACUGGUCAGAGCGGAUGAGUCCCGCCUUUGGCAUGUCCUCGAGGCCCAGCGUGGGUAUGUCGAUGCAGGGUCUCCAUCCACACCAUAAGAUCACGCCUCAGGGCGCCUCUCCCAUAACGCCUCCACAGAUUGGUGACUCGGUCAUCCAUCAUGCCUUCAAUGUUCCCUUCGCCUCCGAGCUCGCCGGCCCCGACACCGAGGACAUCCUCCAUGCCACCACCGACGCUGUCCUCAGGUGGACGCACCCUGCUGAGGCCCCUGAUGACGUUCCCGUCCACGAGCUGCCCGUCCACGCCGACAAUCUAGGCCGACUGAGGAAGAUGUGUAAGGACAUCACCAACAGCCAGCUGCCCAUCGAGGCCCACGUCAUCUCCACCACGCCCAAGCAUAUCAAGGGCCAGGUCACUACCGUCUGCCUCUCGGGCUCUCUGGACCUGGUCUGGCAAACUAGGGAGAAGCUCAUGAACGAGACCCCUCUAUCUCUGCGCUGUACCACUGUGGAUAUCGACGGAGACAUGGUCGCCGACCUCAACGCCGGCUCUCUUAAGCAGACUGUGAUCGAGACCCUCGACAGCAUAUCGGCCUUCUGUGGCGUCGACAUUUUCUUGCUCGGACCUAAGCUGACACCGCUUGUUGACGGCGUGAAUGGUGAUGUGGAGAUCCGGAGGGACCAGCGAUGGAGAGUGGCCAUCUACGGUGACAUAUUGUCCACAGAACACGCAAAGACUCGCGUUCUGGUCUCCAUCGAUCAAUGGCUUGGUCGGGUUAUCGAUGCUAUGCACAUGGAUCUCUCGAUCCAGCAGCUCAUUUGCGGCCGAAACCGAAAGAACAUCAAGCUGAUCGAGUCCGCUACCGGCACUGCUAUCUACUUCCCACCGCCCUUCUCGACUUACUUCCGGUACUGCCCUGGCAACGCCCAACCCCGGAACCCGAACGAGCUCCUCAUCACCGGCGACAAGCCCCGACAGAUUGAGCUUGCCAAGCUCAAGCUGCGGGAUCUGCUGAGCCGCGUCCGGCUCUACGUCAAGGAUGUCCCGAUGCCGGCCGAAAAAAUCGAUACCAUCCUCCUGACGCGUCUCGACAAGGUCCGCAAGAUCGUCGAGACCAAUGGGUCCUAUAUCCAGUUCCCCCCCUUGGGGUCGAGGCAGAACACGGUCAGGGUACAGGCUACCGAGAACCUGCAUAUCGAGCGUACAGUUCGGGAGCUUAUGACCCUCGCUGGACAGUUCUAUAGCGGUUUUUGGGCGGCUCAGCCGGACGGCCGGAGGCUGCCGGAGGACAACGACAUCAGGAUCAUGCUUGGCGACAUUUGUGCCAACUCCGACGCCGAGAUCUCUUUCCAGCGACUGUCGUUUACCAUCGACGGUUCUGACGAUGCGGUCAAGGCCGCGCUGCAUGUGAUAUCCCAGAUCAGAUUUGUGACACAGUCGCAAUACACCAUCAGGGUGAAGAUCGAACUUGCCAAUGAGCACAAGGAGUUUGUGAGCGGCAAGAAGAACGGCAAGAUCAACAAGAUCAUGGGACAAAGCAACGUCCAGAUCAUGUUCGAGAACUUCGGAGAGUACAACUUCAACAUUGACGUCAACGCCUCGUCCUACGACUCUAUGAAGCAGGGUCUGGGCCUGGUGGAGCAGGAGAUGCCCGCUUCUAUCUCGUUUCACGUGCCUGAUCAGUACCACAAGCGGAUCAUUGGUAUCGGCGGCCAGCACAUCCAGCGCAUCAUGAAGAAGCACUCCGUCUUCGUCAAGUUCUCCAAUGCCCAGGAGCGCAACGGCAUGAUCCGAGAGGAUGAUGACAACACGCUGGACAAUGUGAUCUGUCGGACACCGGCUCGCAAUGCGCAGAGCCUCGAACUCGUCAAGUCGGAGAUCCUGGAAAUGGUGGACCGCGUUGAUUCCGAAUUCACCUCUCAGGUUGUGCCUGUGGACCGUCUCUACCACCGUCAGCUGUUGGCCCGCCUGUCCGACAUUGCGAUCAUGGAGAAGAAGUGGAACUGCAAGAUCAUCUUCCCUGGCACGGAACAGGCGAGCGAUGAGGUUACCUUCACUGGGCCUCAAUGGCAGGUGCCUCUUUGUGUUGAUGAGUUUCUCGGAAUGGUACCUGACAACCACGAGGUGGUGCUGGCUCGCACUCCCGUGCUGAUCAAAUACCUCGAGUCUCCGGAUUUUGUCAACGAGGUUGUGCCGAAGCUCAAGGCCCAGCACGAAGUCGACCUCACCGUCCACGAGAAUACCUCGGAGCUGACGGAUGACGGCCAACCCACUGUCACGCUCUUGUGGACCUUCACCCGCAACAACGCUGGUGGUCUGCGCGAUGCCAUGGAGCUCCUGCAUGGCCACUUCGCCACUGCAGGUGUCGAAGAGACUAUCAUCAAGGGAUCUAUCCCCCGGCCCAAGUCCGAUACAUUCGAGGAGUCACUCCCGUACUUCGAUUCCAAGCUGCUGCAGCAUGCACCCACGACAGUCGCGACCGACUCCCCUACCAAGUCCGCCUUUGGUGACGAGGUUGCUCGCGAGCGCAGCACCAUUUUUGACAAGCUCCGCAAGCCCGGAAGCAUGUCUUCGAUUUCUUCUUUCCUGGACCGCCGCAAGAACAGCUCCCACUCGGCCACCGUCUCUUUGUUCAAAGGCUCGAGCAACGUGUCCAAGUCUUCGCUUAUCUCGAUUGAAUCGACCCGCAGCUUCCACGCCGACCGAAACCCGUGGAACGACAGCGGUGUAAACCUACCCGACGACGACAGCCCCUGGCCGAGUCGCCCCUUUGGAAACAGCUCCGGUGAUAAGCUGACGCCCAACGGCGUCCCUCAACCCGGCGAUGUUACCCCCCGCCACAAUACCCGACAGUCAGCAGACAGCGGCCGUCCUUCCACCUCUCACUCUACGAAUUCUGGAUACCCCGGUCCCAUCGGACCUUAUCGUUAGAUUCUUGGCUCUUAGAAAUUCGACGUCCAAAUACCCCGGCUGGAUAUACCCUGGCGCGAAAAAAAUACCCAGACAGUUUGUGUCACGCAUUUGGUCGGCUCUAUUUCCUUGUUCGACCCCUGAUUUCGACCAUGUCGUAUGGUCCUUGUGUUGUUUCUCACGGACGGCAGUGCUAUUCUCAGCAGUUCCAUCCUCGUUCAAAACGAGGGUUGCUUACUGAAUGGGGCAGGCAAUACCGUGUGGGCGACACUUCAAGGACGAUCCGAUAUGGCCUCCUCUGUUCUUCUUCCUUUUCGUUCUUUUUCUGUUGCUUGAGAUUUCUUGGCGUUCAUUGGCUUGUCUGAAGAUUUAUCUCGUUUCUUUUCUUUAUUCCCUUUACAGUAUAUCAUCGUCUUUUCAUCGUCCGACUCUUAUCACAUAACACAUACACGAAACCGAAAAGCAGUACACAAGAACGUGUAACACAAGACCACCAAAAAAAGAGAGAAAGGGCUUGCAUGUCAUUCGGACGAAUCGGAUCGCACCUAGGGGACGGGGAUUGAGGUUGAUGAUACCAUUUUCAUGAUAUGGAAGAGGGAUGAGAUGAUGAGUUGGACGGAUGGACAGACGGAUGGAUGGAUGAAUGGACGGACGGUACGAAGUGUACGUGUCAUUGGACCUUUUGUUGAAGGAAUUAAAGAAGCGAUUUACGGGACAGGUUGUUGGGGAUGGGUGGGACCAGGUAGGAAAUUGUAUUCUUAUGGCUUAGUUAUAGCGAUGGCAGAAAUACAGAUGAUACCCAGCGAGUUGGUUUCACACAUUCUCUCUCGAUUCCCCCUCCCCUGAAGCGCAACGACUGCACGACCUCUGAAAACGCACGAGAAAAAGAGAGCAUAUAAAUAGAAGAUGCUUCAUUGUUUUAGGUACUCGCGAUUCCAUACAAGAUCCCGAUGCAAAAUUAUCACACUCGCAAAUGCUAGUAACAAGAAAUAACCACAUAACGCA